AUGGACAGCGAUGACGACCUUCGGGCUAAGCUCAGCUAUCUCGAGCACUACGUCAGAACUGCCUCUGAACAACCCUCCGAAAGUGUUUCCUUCGACCCAGGUCUCAUCAUCCACCACGAACAGCCCUUGCAACACCAGCAGCUAGAGCCUCUUCUGACAAAAUCUGUCCAGAAUGGCUUCCACAAAGACCUCACUCCCCAGCUCCAAUUAAACUAUUUCGCCCAGACCAGCCAGUCGAAGCUUGCAAUCAACAAUCUCAUCCACGACUAUAACACAAACCUCGAAGACUACUCCAAUGACCACUCUGACGACACAACCUCCUUACAGCCCAGUAGCAAUAUCGACACCACAGAACAGCAAAAUUUCGCAGCCGAGGACCAACUUUCAGCUGAAGGAAGCAUAGUGUCCCCUGCCACGAGAAAAAUUAAGCAAGCACCAUUACUUACCAACAAAUUUAACAACAAACUUAACAGCAAGUUUACCAACACCCACGAAAUCAACAGGCUAUACACUCUAAAUUUGAAUGUCUCAAUCUUCUCUUAUCGUCCAGUUAUUCACAAUACAGAAUUAGCCACCAAGUACGAAAAUUUUAAAAGGAUCAUCAAUAACAAUGUCAUUGAUAACAACGAAAUGUUUAAAAAACAACUUGAUGAAUUGUUUGUAAAUUCAACUGUCAACAUCAAUAAUACUCCCAACAACAUUACAAAUAUCAAGAAAAACAUAUUCUUCAAUGAAUUCACUUUGCCCUUAAAUCCAGCCAAUUCUCUACUAUUAUUUCCUCACUGGCUUCAAACUAAUUACGGUAUAGCAAAUUACUAUUACUACCAAGACAACAACAAAUUAUUCGCAGUUGAUAUAUCAAACAUUAGAUUUCUUAACAUUUCAGAUUACCAAAACUACUUUUCAAUUUACGAUUCCGUUAACCCAAUCAGAAUUUUCGACCAAAAGACAACUUUAAACACUUUUUUAAACCAAUUAAUGCUCAAAAAUAGAAACUUCUAUUACCAUGAAAACUUGAAUUUGUUUGAUCUAAACCAAAUCCUAUUCUCAAAACUCAAAAACUCAAUCUUAAUAUUGGAAGAGUAUCUCUACCAAAACUUAAAAUUCCUCUACAAUAACCAGCUACUAUCCUUCAAAAUUGCCAAAAGAAGUGAACCCCUCUUGUCAAAUAACUUUCUAAUGUCAAAUCACUCCUAUCACUACCUUCUAACAAACUAUAUCAAUAUAUAUCUAUGUCUCAAUAACAGACUUUUUAGAAAACAUUCAACGAACCCGAUUAUCAUUCGCUUGAAUCUAAUAGUCAAAUUACUACCUUUGAAUUAUCAGUCUUUAAUAAAUCGACCCAUCACUUUUUAUAUCAAUCUUAAUAAUAUUUUACAAAAAAUAAACAAUAAUGAAUUUGAAAAUAAAAUCGAAAAUCAAAAUCAACAACUCUCUCCCGACUUAUCUUAUUAUACCUUUCACCUCAAUAACUCCAAUCUUUCUUUCUCCCUAAGCAAUUCAAACAUAAACACUGAGUUAGAUAUUUUAACUCUAAGUCUAAAGAAUGACUUAACUUUAAAUCCUGGUGUUAUAAUCAAAAAUCUAGAAAAUCAAAAUCUAACUUUCGAGAUAGUAGUACCAGAAAUUUUUAAAAAAAAAAACUAUCGUCAAAAAUCAAGAAUAGAAAAAUCCUUGGAAAUGAAAUUCAACUAUAAAUAUCAUAAUAAUAAUAAUAAUAAUAAUAAUAAUAAUAAUAAUAAUAAUAAUUACAAAAAUUCAUCAGAUCUAAAUGAAAAUCAAAUUGUCGAUAAGGACAAUUCACUUGAUACAAUUCCAGAAAAAUGCAAAGAAAAUAGUAAUGAUGACAAUAUUGAUAACAAUAAUAAUUAUGUUGAAAAACACAAUGAAAAUUUAGACGAAGAAUAUCUAAAAAGUCGCAGAAAAAAUUGGGAUCAAGGUCAAGAUCAAAAUGAACACCAAGAUCAGGAUCAAUACCUGUAUCAAGAUUGGAACCGAAAUCAAAAUCUGUUCUCAUCAAGAAGAUUAAGAAAAAGAUUGUUAAAUUUCGAUUAUUCCUCAAAUAACAAGAAAACAAAAGAAAAUGAUGAAAAUCCAUACUCUAUAUUGGAAGAAUCUACUAUGGAAAAAAUAAAUCAAAGAAGAAAAAGAGCUUUAAGAAGGCAUGGUCAACUUCAAAAUCCAGGUGAAGUGAUAGAAAUUGAAGAUUCUGAAGAUGAUUCAGAUGAGUAUUUUGAUGAAUAUAAUACAAUAACGUCAGAAAAUACACAAAAUAAGUUACAAUCAGAAAUUGAAAAUGUAGAAAAAAAUGAAAUUAAUAAAAAAAAUGAAAAAAAUGAAAUUAAUCAUCAGAGUAAUCAUAAAAUUCUCGAAAUUGAAGAUAGUGGUAAAACCGCAACUGCCUUAGAUAUAGAUUUUGAAAUACUAGAUGAAUUAAUUCGAGAGUGA